GAGUUGUCGGUGGACUUCGAAUUCUUCCCAAGGUUUUCCCUCAAAACUCCCAGAGAAAAUCUCAUCGUCGGUCUCUUCUCUCCCUAGAACCACGACCUUUCAUCCGCAUCUUCGCAUCACGACAGUUGUCCCGAUUGUCUCUACAAACUCCUGGCGCUUCCUCCUGUGCCCCGCCCUAGUCUUAGUGCCACCCAGGCCAUUCACAGCCCGAAAAUUCCCCCACUACACUUUUCUCCCCACCAUCAACGAUAGGAGACUACUGAAGAAGUCGUCCUCACUCAACCUUCUCACCUCCUAACCCGCCACUUAUCCCCCCUCCUACACCGACAACCACAUCCCACUUCGACCUAUCCGACAACAUGGUUUCUGCUUCCAAGGCUGCUCGCGAGGCCAAGAGAGCCGCUGAGGGCAAGACCAAGAAGACUGUCGCCUCCCGAUCGAAGGCUGGUUCCAAGACCGCAUCUGGCGCCUCCUCCUCUGCCGGCGACGAGCCUCUCCUCGACGCCGAUGGAAACCCUCUCCCCCCUGAUGAGCAGCCUGCGACCUCCGCAAAGAGUAUGGACGAGGUGAAGAGACUGGCUGAUCAGAUGGACAAGCAUGGUCUCUCCGACCGUGUGACGACCGGUGUGCUGAGCUCCCUCAAGCAAAGUCGGGAUGUCAAGAUCACAUCGGCCUCUUUGGUGUUCCACGGCCGAGUCCUCAUCACAGAUACCACCCUCGAACUGACAUACGGUCGCCGAUAUGGACUUCUGGGAGAGAACGGUUGUGGCAAGUCCACCCUCUUGAAGGCCAUUGACAAGCGCGAAUAUCCCAUCCCAGAGCACGUUGAUAUCUACUUGCUCAACGAGGGCGCUCCUCCCACCGACCUUGGUGCUUUGGAGUGGGUUGUUAAAGAGGCCGAGAAUGAGAUGGAGAGACUCGACAAGCAAGCCGAACAGAUCCUGGAGGAAGAGGGCCCAGAGUCGCCGCUGCUUAUGGAUCUAUACGAGCGUAUGGAAACGAUGGAUCCUUCUACCUUCUCCACCCGUGCAUCUCUCAUCUUGACCGGUCUCGGAUUCAACAAGCAGACCAUCCAAAAGAAGACCAAAGAUAUGUCCGGAGGAUGGCGUAUGCGUGUCGCCCUGGCCAAGGCCCUCUUCGUCAAGCCCUCUCUCCUGCUCCUCGACGACCCCACCGCACAUUUGGAUCUCGAGGCUUGCGUGUGGCUGGAAGAAUACCUCAAGAAAUGGGACCGCACCCUUGUCCUUGUCUCCCACAGUAUGGACUUUCUCAACGGUGUCUGCACGAACAUGAUCGACAUGCGUCAACGCAAGCUCACCUACUACGGUGGUAACUACGACUCUUACUCGAAGACCCGCACCGAGCAGGAGACCAACCAGAUGAAGGCCUACCAGAAGCAGCAGGAUGAAAUCGUCCACAUCAAGAAGUUCAUCGCGUCUGCUGGUACCUACGCCAACUUGGUGAGACAGGCAAAGUCGAGACAAAAGAUUCUGGACAAGAUGGAGGCAGACGGCUUCAUCCAGAAGGUCGAGCCAGAUCGCGUCUUCACCUUCCGCUUCGCGGAUGUCGAGAAGCUCCCACCUCCUGUUCUGUCAUUCGACGAUGUCACAUUCUCCUACAGCGGCAAGCCUGAAGAUGAUCUAUACCGCCACUUGGAUCUCGGUGUUGACAUGGAUUCGCGAACCGCUUUGGUCGGACCCAACGGUGUGGGCAAGUCAACCCUGCUCCGCCUGAUGACCGGCAAGUUGUCUCCCACCAGCGGCCAAGUGUCCCGCCACACUCAUCUUAAGAUGGGUGUUUACUCCCAACACUCCUCCGAGCAACUUGACCUUACCAAGUCCGCUCUGGAUUUCGUAAGAGACAAGUAUGCGGACAAGAGUCAGGAUUACCAGUACUGGCGCCAGCAACUUGGUAAAUACGGUCUGUCUGGUGAAGCGCAGACCGCACUCAUGGGCACUCUUUCCGAGGGACAGAAGAGCAGAAUCGUGUUCGCUCUCCUUGCUAUCGAUGGCCCGAACAUGCUGCUUCUCGACGAGCCGACCAACGGUUUGGAUAUCCCGACCAUUGACAGUUUGGCGGAUGCCAUCAACGCAUUCACCGGAGGUGUUGUUGUAGUGUCCCACGACUUCAGGCUGCUCGACAAGAUCGCCAAGGACAUCAUGGUCUGCGAGAACCAGACCAUCCGUCGCUGGCCCGGAACAAUCGGCGAGUACAAGAACCACCUCCGGAAGAAGAUGGUUUCCGCUGGCGCCGUCUAA